GCACUCCUCCAGGCAUCUAGCAUUGGAAGAGCGCAACUGAGCAAAUUCGUUUGAAUUUGAAUAACUUGAGAGCAACUUCUUUGUCAUCUACAGGCUACAACUACGACUUCAGUUUGUCGUUCAUUUUCUUUUCUCGCGUUAAAGCAACCAAGAGAAUAGCAUUCACCAUGUCUCUCCACAGCAACAUCCUGCGCGUUGGAUGCAAAGCCCUUCUGGCUGAUGCGGUGGCCUCGCCGUUUCUGCUGAGGACCAACUCACUCCACAAGACCGCCACCAGCGGGUCAUUGGGCGUCGCCGCGGACCACGGCGUCAACAACUUGGUGCCCCCAGCAAUGGAGGUGGGAGACGUAGAGAAGGGAGCUAGAGUGAAGUCCUUAAAGGAGAUGCCGGGACCCAGCGCCAUCGGUAAUCUGAUUGAGUUCUUCUAUCGGGACGGCUUCUCUAGGAUCCACGAAAUCCAGAUGGAGCACUCACAGAUGUUUGGGAAGAUCUUCAAGUCGCGCUUCGGUCCGCAGCUGGUGGUGUCGAUCGCAGACCGCGACCUGGUGGCUCAGGUGUUGCGUGCGGAGGCGGCAGCCCCUCAGAGAGCCAACAUGGAGUCCUGGAAGGAGUACCGCGACAUGCGGGGGCGCUCCACGGGUCUGAUCUCAGCGGAGGGUGAUGAUUGGCUGAAGAUGCGCAGCGUGCUCCGCCAGCUGAUCAUGCGUCCCCGCGAUGUGGCCGCCUUCUCGGACGAUGUCAACAGCGUGGUGGUGGACCUGGUCAAGCGCAUCAAGUACCUGAGGAACGAGCAGCCGGACAAGCACACCGUGCUCAACAUCAACGACAUGUACUUCAAAUACGCCAUGGAGGGCAUGGCGUCCAUCCUGUACGAGACCCGCCUGGGCUGCCUGCAGGACAGCGUUCCCAAGACCAGCCAGGAGUACAUCGCUGCGCUCAACCUCAUGUUCAGCUCCUUCAAGACGACCAUGUAUGCGGGAGCCAUUCCCAAAUGGCUCCGCCCUCUUAUUCCCAAGCCCUGGGAGGAAUUCUGCAGCUCCUGGGACGGCCUCUUCAAAUUCAGCCAGAUGCACGUGGAUAAGAAGCUGGCGCAGAUCAGGAACACAGUGGCGCGCGGCGAGCCCAUCAAGGGAGGCCUUCUCACACACAUGCUCGUCACCAUGGAGAUGAACAAGGAGGAGAUCAUCGCCAACAUGACCGAGAUGCUGUUGGCUGGAGUGGACACGACCUCCUUCACGUUGUCGUGGGCGACGUACUUGCUGGCGCGGCACCCUCAGAUCCAGCAGCAGAUCUACGAGGAGGUGACGCAGACCCUGGGAGGCAAGGCGCCCACAGCUAACGACGUCCCCAACCUGCCCCUCAUCCGUGGCCUGGUCAAGGAGACCCUCAGACUUUUCCCUGUUCUUCCUGGAAACGGACGCAUCACACAGGACGAUCUAAUCGUGGGCGGAUACUUCUUACCCAAAGGGACUCAGCUCGCCCUGUGCCACUUUUCCACUUCGAUGAGCGAAGAAAACUUCCCUGGGGCCGAGGAGUUCCGCCCUGACCGUUGGAUCCGGAAAGAUCAGUCCGAUCGAGUGGAUAACUUCGGCUCCAUCCCCUUCGGGUACGGAAUCCGUAGCUGCGUCGGCAGGAGGAUCGCCGAACUGGAGAUGCACCUUGCUCUCACUCAGAUCCUCCAGAACUUCAGCAUCGAGGUUUCACCCAUCACCGACGACAUCAAGGCCAAGACCCAUGGCCUUCUCUGUCCAGGUGGCCCCAUCAACCUGAAGUUUGUGGACAGAGUGUAAACCAUAAUACUGUCCUCUUUUUAUAUAUAUAUUUAUAUAUAUCUCUAUACGACGAAGUGUACUUUGACCAAGUGUGUGAAAAGCCCAACUACUCGAAGUUUCUGAGCCACUGAACAUUGUUUUGUUUUUAUAUCAAUUCAAGUUUGUUCAGACACAUCUGGCCAGUCUAGAUAGAUAGAUACUUUAUUGAUCCCUAAGGGGAAAUUCAGGACAGUCUAUACUGUCACAUUAGGAACGUUUGGGUAACGUUGCUGUGGCCAGUCUAUACUGUCACAUUAGGAACGUUUGGGUAACGUUGCUGUGGCCAGUCUACACUGUCACAUUAGGAACGUUUGGGUACUGUGGCUUUCCUGCACUUACUGUAGCUGCUGUUAAACUGUAAUCACUAGUUAAGUAAGGAGAGAUAUGACAACUCGAGGUCCAUGAUUGCGUAAUGGACAGGAUACAAUGUGUUGUGUAAUCAAGGUCAUAGUGCAAAGUAGCAGUGCGGGGGUCAUUUCAGAGAUGCAUCAUGUAGUCUGAUGUCUUGUGCUGUGGCCAUGAACUGUAGAAUUUAAGGCAUUUGCUGGCCUUAAUGCCCUACAGUCACUCUGCUGGUCAAUGUUUCUGUAUGUAAAAAUGUAUUUUAGACCAAAUAGCCACUGAGGCAAACUUAAGUAUUUUAGAAUGUCUUUUCAAUCGACAAUUCUGAUUAACACUCUCCUGUAAAGUAAAAACAGUAGUUUUUUUUUAUAACAGAUAUAAAAUAGGUUUUGUGUUGAAAUGCUUUGGUACAAUUGCCUAUCUAUCUAAUUCCACAUGCCUACUACAUUCUUAGAAGAAUGCGCCACCUAGUGGCCAGAAUCUCCUCAUAUUUCACAUUGUAAACAACUACUACUGUUUGUGCAUUUUUUAUACUUAAUGAAAUCAAAUAAGCAGAUGUGUGAUCGUACAUGAUCCUUUGAUGUUUGAACUAGAGAUAUUUAGUUCUCAAUUGUAUUUGUUCUGUAGUUAUAUUGUGUCAAUGCCCUUAAUACGUUACAUCAAAGAGGGGAGAUGUGGAGUUGGCAAUGUAUUUGUUGAAUAAGAGAUGGUUAUGUUGGAGCUAGCCUGCUGCAAAUUUAGGCAUGUUGUUGGCUAGGUGGUAGCCUUUCUUGAAUGUGCUUCCAAUUAAGGUUACACUAUGGUACACUAUGUUAUGCUAUGGGACUAAACAGUCCGAAAGUGUCAAGGCCUCUUGGUGUAACCAAUUUAAUUUAUUUUUCCUGUAAUACUAUACACCUUUCUGCCUUACCUGUAUAUUAUUUCAUUCUACUGAAGCUUUUACCUGCUUAGAUGGAUGGUGGAAAAUGUGUCUGGUUAAAUUAACUGUAUCCUUUUAAACCUCAUGAAUGAUUGUAUAAUGUACAACUGGACUGUAAAAGUGUUUAUAAUAAUGUAACCACAUGCUUUUUAACAGUGUAUACCUAUGCAAUGCACUUACUGUAUUCUGUGAUGAAAUUGUGUAAUAAACAGGGUGCUCUCUAAUUGCCAAUA